UCAGCGACUAGCCCGAAAGCAGCAGAACCUGCGUCAGUACGGUUCUAACGUGCUUUACGUUAGCGUGACGCCGCCGCCGGUCGUGCUCUACGUCGUCUCUCGCCCCCCAGUCGAUAAGCGCCGCGAUGCGGACCUAGUGUAGAUUGUUUUCAUUAUUAUUAUUAGACGUCGCUGACGUUCCCGAUGACGCGCGCCGACGCUGCAGCUUCGAUGGCCAGAUGAUAAGGACGCCGCCGAUUCGUUCACGCUUCAAUGCCAGUUUUUCAAGCCAGUUUCUAACGUUAGAUUUGCAAUACUCGUUCGUUUAUAGGUGCCAGUCGUCUUCGAGAUUCGGGAGACAUAAAGAUUCGUGUAGAUGCCUGUGAAACCGUUGAUGGCGCCCCCUCAGCACAAUCCAAGAAGUGUUAUAUAUCGGUUUAUUUAGCUAACGCGGUGUUAUCUGGACCAGUCCGGAUUCAAUAUCAACCUCGUAUCUGCUGUUUUCAUUUCUGGAACGUCCACAGAAACAUUUUCAUGGUUUUCAUGGACGAUUGUGCUUUGGAUGCCAACAAAUGGCCUGGAGCUCCAAGACCAGGGGUUCCAACAUCUCCAACAGCCCCAGAGGCAGAAGGACCGCCCGUUCAGAUGGAACCCGUAGAUCUCAGUGUAAAAACGCCAGUAGUACUCCAAGUACCUAAAUUUCCUCCGCAGAGGUUGAGGAAUCCUCCGCCUUCCACCAAAAUACAUCAACCACCAGAUAUUCCUAUGUGCAAUGUGAUAACAACGCAAGAUUUGAGGUUACCCAUAACAGACGCCGCGUCGACAGCUGCUCUUUUAGCCCUCCAGAGGAUAAAAGACUCUUCCUUGACGAUAUCUAGACUGCCAACGCUAGACGCGGCCUACGCGAAGGGUGGCAACAACAUUGUAAACAAUAACAACAACAACGAGGUACCUAGGAACGCACCCGAAACGUCGGUAAGAAGAAGAAAGGUGCACAGAUGCGACGUAGCGGGCUGCCACAAGGUCUACACCAAAAGUUCCCAUCUCAAGGCGCACAAAAGAACGCACACGGGAGAAAAACCCUACCAAUGUUCUUGGGACGGAUGCACAUGGAAAUUCGCCAGAUCGGACGAGUUGACCAGACACUACCGGAAGCACACGGGACAGAAGCCUUUCAGUUGUAACCUGUGCCAGAGGUCUUUCAGCAGGUCUGACCAUCUAUCGCUGCACAUGAAGAGACACUGAGGUGCAAGACCGCAAUCGGCGUAGCAUAAGGUUGUAAAAAGGCCCUCAAGACGAUGCUGAAACUCCCACAUAACUUGACGUGAACCAGCCUCCCUUAAAU